CAGCGGAGCUCCAUACAAGUGCGGAGAAGAAAGCAAAAAAAGACUGGGAAUAGGAGAUUUAGAGGGGGAAGCAAAUGGGCGCUUUUCUUCCGGAGCAAUGAGUCAAGAAUCUCACGAGCAAAAGGGUACGACUAGCUCCUAGCUGGGCUCACAUCAAUAACAGUGUGGGCAUCGUUGUUGACUAGCGUCGAGCUUGUGUUCCCAUUACGGGGGCCGGUUUUGCGGCACGGCGGAGCAGACGGCCGUCUGGGUUGCCUGUUUUUGACAGCAAAGUUGGAAGCUUUUUCGUCGUAUUGGCUUCUUCACUCUGAUUUGGGGCGUGCAGAGGUCAAGAUUCCGUGGUGGGUCUCGCUGUUUCGGUGGAAUUGAUGAAGGGUGCUGGAAAGUGAUUGCUUUUUAUCAGAUCUUAGCAGCUGGGUUCCUCUGUAAGAUUGGAAAGUUAGUUUGGUUAUGCUUUUCCUCUACCUUUGAUUAUAUAGCCUUUGCUGCUUUAGGUUGUUGGUUUUAUGUUUGUGUUGGAUAGAUAGGAAGAUUAGAGAGGCAUUUUUGUGUAAAUUGUUGGACUUGAUCUCAAAAGGGUAAAUAAAUUGGGGGAGGAAUGGGGGGAAAUUGUUUGAAAUGGAGACUGUGGUCAAGUGGCUAUGUUAGAUCUUGAUAUGCUCAUAUGCAUAGUUGUUUGGAUAUAUAUAUAAAGUUGACAGGUCAAUUUUAUUUUUAUUGUACUGGGGUUCUGUCACUGAGGAUGCAAAGUAGGGAGAAUGGGAUCUAAACAAGGGGGUUUUGGUAUAGCAAGAAAUGUGUCCAUUUUUGAUGGAUUGAUGUUUUCAAGGUAGAAGAUUUUUAUGAAGGAAUAGGCUCCAAUGGGUGCAAUGUUGAGGUGGUUGUUUCUUGGGUUGUUAGUUUCUUCAAUUUUCUCCGUGGUGUCAGCUAUUGAUUAUCUCUGUUGUGAUGACGAGGGAUUGUUUAGUGUAAGUAACAUUCUAUUUAUGCAGAAAGUGGGCGACGUCUUGAUUGCAGUUGCUUAUUUCUCGAUUCCCAUUGAAUUGCUGUACUUCAUUAGCUGCUCGAACAUUCCUUUCAAAUGGGUCCUCGUUCAAUUCAUUGCGUUCAUAGUUCUUUGUGGAUUGACCCAUUUGCUCAACGUGUGGACUAUCAACACUCAUCCUUCGUUUCAAAUCAUAAUGUCUUUGACAGUCGCAAAAAUCCUCACUGCCCUCGUGUCCUGUGCAACUGCAAUCACCCUCCUCACGCUUAUCCCUCUCCUCCUCAAAUUUAAGGUGAGAGAGCUGUUCUUGAGACAGAAUGUGUUGGAGCUGGAUCAAGAAGUCGGGAUGAUGAAGAAACAGAAAGAAGCGAGCAUGCAUGUCCGAAUGCUGACACUAGAAAUUAGAAAGUCGCUCGAUAAGCAUACUAUACUGUAUACCACUCUGGUCGAGCUUUCUAAAACCUUGAAUCUUCAGAACUGUGCAGUGUGGAUGCCGGGUGGGAACAGAACACAGAUGAACUUGACGCACGAGUUGAACCCCUGUUCGGCUCGAGAGCAUCAUUCCCUUUCAGUUAAUGACCCGGAUGUGCUGGAGAUAACGAAGAACGAAGGGGUAAGGUUACUGAAGCGAGAUUCAGUUCUUGCAGCUGCGAGCAGUGGUGGGUCCGGUGAGCCAGGUGCUGUUGCAGCUAUCCGGAUGCCAUUGCUUCGUGGUUCGAACUUCAAAGGUGGAACACCCGAGCUUAUUGAUACUUGUUUUGCCAUAUUAGUGCUGGUUUUUCCGAGUGUUAAUGAUGGUGAUUCGAGCUAUGAUGAGUUGGAGAUAGUGGAAGUGGUUGCUGAUCAGGUGGCCGUGGCUCUGUCCCAUGCAACGGUUCUUGAAGAGUCUCAGUCGAUGCAGGAGAAGCUGAAAGAAAGGAACCGUCUUUUGCAACAAGCUAAGGAGGAUGCGAUGAAGGCUAGCCAGGCAAGGAAUUCGUUCCAGAAGGUAAUGAACAAUGGAAUGAGGCGGCCAAUGCACUCGAUUUUGGGCUUGCUUUCCAUACUUCAAGACGACAAUUUGAAACCCGAGCAGAAAAUUGUCAUCGACACAUUGGUGAAAACCAGCACAGUACUUUCAACCUUAAUUAGUGACGCAAUGGAGAUAUCUGCCAAAGAUGACGGGAAAUUCCCCGUAGAAAUGAGGCCCUUUCAGCUUCAUUCAUUGAUCAGAGAGGCCUCUUGUCUCGUGAAAUGCUUUGCCAUUUAUAAGGGCUUCGAUUUUUCCACGGAUGUUCCGACUUCUUUGCCUAAUCAGGUGAUGGGUGACGAGAAGAGAACAUUUCAGGUUAUACUUCAUAUGGUCGGACAUUUGUUCAAUGUCAGUGAUGGAAACGGCUCCGUCAUAUUCAGAGUUGCUUCGGAAAGUGGAACCGAGGAUGGGAAUAAUAAAGUUUGGAAUACGAGAAAACCGAGCUCGAGUGAUGACAAUGUAACAAUAAAAUUCGAAAUCGAAGUCACUAUUGGAGAUUCUCAAUCAGGUACCUCAGUUUCAGUCGUUCCUUCUGGCAGGAAAAGGCAUAACAGCAAAGAUGUGAAGGAGGGCUUGAGCUUCACCAUGUGCAAAAAGCUCGUGCAGUUGAUGCAAGGAAAUAUAUGGGUCUCCUCGAAUUCUCGGGGCCGUGGACAAGGCAUGACGCUGAUUCUAAGAUACCAGAAGCAAUCCUCGAUUAGAAGACGAAUCUUUGAAUAUAGAAAUCCUUCCGAGCCACCGCUUCCAAGCUCAAUGUUCGAAGGCCUUCAAGUUCUUCUAGCCGACGAUGACGGUGUGAAUAGAAUGGUGACUAAAAAGCUGCUCGAGAAGUUACGCUGCCAAGUAUCCACGGUUUCAACGGGUUUCGAAUGCCUAAGCGCCCUAGGCCCCUCGGCAACUUCCUACCAAGUCAUCAUCCUAGACCUUCACAUGCCCGAAAUGGACGGGUUCGAAGUGGCGAUGAGAGUGCGCAAGUUUCGGAGUCGCAACUGGCCGUUGAUCAUAGCCGUGACCGCGAGCUCGGAAGACCAUAUGUGGGAAAGAUGCCUCCAGGUGGGGAUGAAUGGUCUGAUACGAAAACCCGUCCUCCUACAGAGACUUGCGGAAGAACUUCAGAGAGUCCUCCAGCGGGCUGGCAACGAAGUCAUGUGAAAAGCUCGAGAGAGUAACGGCUGCCCGCCCCCCGGAUCUUGAAAAGCUUGAGAAUAAUGGCGGCCCGUGGAUCUUCAUCUCCAUAGACAAUCCUAGCUUGUUCUUGCUAACUGCAUAGUUGGUGAAGUCCUCUGUAUACAUAUAUCUAUAUAUUAUAGGGAAUAGGAUUGCCAUAUCCAGAUGGUCUCUGUAAGGUUUACUUCCCUUAGUGGCAUGGUUCUUUGAAAAAUGGAAAGAGAAAAAAAAAAAAAAAAAAAAGAAACAGAAGAAAUUUGAUAGAAACUAAUUCAUAAAUUGUAACUUUCACAUUGAAAUGCAUUUUGGAAAUGUUGCAGCCAUGACUGUGCUGUGCUAUCUUUUGGUCCUUU